AUGACAAAUGAUGUAACUAAGAAUAAAUCUAUUGGAUAAUAUAUAUUUGGUAAGCAAUAAAUAUAUAAACAAGGAAAAACCUUGGGUGAGGGUACGUUUGGAAAAGUUAAAUUGGCAACUCACAUAUUAACAGGAGAAAAAGUAGCCAUCAAAAUUUUAGAGAAGUCAAAGAUUGUUGAUGCUUCUGAUGUAGAAAGAGUAACAAGAGAGAUUCAAAUUUUGAAAUAAGUUCGUCAUCCUAACCUAGUACAAUUAUAUGAAGUAUUUUUGGGUGCUUAUCAGAUAAUAGAAACACCUAAGUAAUUAUUUUUAGUGAUGGAAUACGUUAAUGGAGGGGAACUUUUUGAGUAUAUCGUAUAAAAUUAAAGAAUAAAAGAUGUUGAGGCUAUUCGAUUUUACAGUUAAUUAAUAUCUGGAAUAGAGUAUUUGCACAAAUUGCAUGUAGUACAUAGAGAUUUGAAGCCUGAAAACUUGAUUCUUGAUGGUAGAGGAAAACUUAAGAUUAUUGAUUUUGGAUUGUCGAAUUUUUAUAAAACAGAUGAUUUGUUGAAAACAGCUUGUGGAUCCCCUUGUUAUGCUGCUCCAGAAAUGAUAGCUGGAAAAAGAUAUUAAGGACUUUAAGUAGAUAUUUGGAGUUCUGGAAUAAUUCUUUUUGCAAUGUUGGCAGGAUAUCUACCUUUUGAAGAUCCAAAUACGAAUUAAUUGUAUAAGAAAAUAAUAGCUGGGGAUAUAAAGUUUCCAAAGUUCAUUACAAAUGAAGCAAAAGACUUGGUCAAAAAUAUAUUAAAUACAGAUCCCUCAAAAAGAUAUACUAUUCAGGAAAUUAGAAAACAUAGUUGGUUUAAUUUUUGUAUAAUCUUUGUUUUAUCAAGUUUUUUAAAGAAAAUUAAAAGAUACCAACUGGACUGGUUAUUGGUUUUCAUAAGAUCCCGAUUGAUCCAGAAAUUAUAAAAUAGUUAGUUAAUUUUGGAAUCUCUAUAGAAUAUGCUGAGAAAUGUAUUGAAACGAAUAGACAUAAUCAUGUGACAACAACUUAUUAUCUCUUGCUCAAAAGAUACCUGAUUGCCGGCAAUAAGUCUAUUGCAGGUUGUUAUUGCUAUUUAAACUUUAGAUAUUAGUUCUGAAUUAUUUGAUCCUCAACGCAUUUCCAUUAGAUAAACAACUUAAACCGACAGAAAAUCAAGUAAACCUCAAAAUCCAUUGCCCUUAAUAUAAAUAAAAAGUAAAGACUUUUACAUAAACCAAUAGAUCGACGCAAUAAUACUCAGUAGGCAGAUGACUCUCCAAUAGAUACAAAACCAAGAUUGAACAACUCUGUUAAUACUUAAAACACUAUCUUGUAGCAAUCUCCAACUAUUUUGAAUCAAUCAAUUGAUCUUCCGAGGAAGAUAAAUUUAGAUCUAUAAAAAACUACUCUGCUAGAUGGAAAUCCAUUAUAGCCACAAAAUGAUGUCAAAGUAUUAAAGUUAAAGACUCCAGCUAACAGAAAUUAUAUAUUAUCUGAAUAUUAUGGCAGAUUUCCUAGAAAAUCAAGAAAUCAAGAUAGAUAAUCUUCGAGAUAAUCUUCAGUUGACUAAGCAGAGACUUAUUAUAAAACAUUUUAUAAAGGAACUUCUGUUCCAAAAAAGUGA